AUGAAAACGGAGUCAAUCAAGAUUGAUAAACCGAUUUAUCAAGUACUACUCCAAAACGAACCUAUUUUAGAACAUAUUGAAGAGAAACUUGGAUUAUCACGAGGAUCACUCAAAUUUGAAAAGAAACAAUUUAUAACAUGUAAAAGCAAUCCCGAAAAACUUAAACUUGUUGGUCCUCAUCUUAAAAAUGAAUUUAAAAACUAUGUUUAUUUAACUUCAAAAGUUGAAUGUAUUGGUGAUGCAAAUAUUCAACAAUUAGUUACUCAUUAUUUAGCAAUUCAAUUUAGACAUCCAUCAACAAAUGACUUACACUUUUGUUUAGUAAAUGAAAAUAAAAAUCAGAGCGAAUUUGUUAUAUACGGCAAAAAACAACAUUCAAUUGAAAUUAUAAAACCAAUGAUUAAUAAAGAGACUAUUAAUGGAUUUGAAGAAUACACAGACCUUCUUAACAUGCCUUCUCUCGUUAAAAAAAACUAUUUUGAAAUAUUUAAUAUGAUUGACCAAUUACAUUUAACUACAUCUCCUAAUGAUUUUAAAGAUGAUGAAGCACCAAUUGUUUAUGGGUUUAGACCAUAUAUGAAAGAAUUUGUUAGAAAGAUAGAUCAAAUGGAAAGUCAAAUGUUUACAAUUAUUAAAAUAAAAACAAAUAAACCAAUUGAUAUUAUUAAUAAAGCUUUCUUUGAUGAGAAGUUUCAUCUUAUGAUUACAAAUGUUCUUAGAACACCUCCUGGAUAUCGUUGUGUUUUUUCUCAAUCUGGAAAAUUAUUUAUUUGUGAAUUACAUGUAGAAAAAGAAUUUGCUUCAAAUUUAGUUAUCCUUUUAACUGGAUUUUUUGAUUCAAUAGAAACAUUAACUCUAAAAGACAAUAUGAGUGAUGAUGAUAUGACAAAAUACUCACAAUAUUUUAAAGAUUAUCCCGCCCCUUUUAAUGCAUUAAUCACUAGAAAAAAAGAUAAAAAAAGUGGACAAUCUCAGUUAAUUGGUUGUGUUGCAACUAAUAGAGAUAUUAAUCCUGAAAUUAAUGAUAACUGGCAGACUCAACUUAUUAACUAUAUUAAAGCAGUUGACUUACCUCCAGAACUAGCUCCAUUGCCUCCACUUCCACCUAAAGUUCAUGGUAAAAGAAAAAAGGCAUUACCACCAAUUCCUACUGACGCCACUCCUCAAGAACAAUUAACUCAAUCUUCUACUGAAGAUCUUAUUCCUCCUCCUGUUCCUGCUCCAAGAAAAAGUAAGCAACCAAGACUAUCUGCAAGUUUAACUAAUGAAGAUAUUCCUGACCGUUCAAAUAGAGAUAGGUCAAUGACUGUAGUUGGAGAUCAACCUACCCAGAUUAUAGAAGAAGAAGAAGCUUAUUAUGAAGACGUGUAUUAUGGAGAAUCGUAUUAUGGAGAAGAUGGAUAUUAUUAUGUAUAUGACCAUAACACUAAAAAAUAUCACGUAGAAGAUCCUCCUGCAGAUGAUUAUACAGGAGAAAAUCAACAAUAUGAAGAAAUUAACCAAGAUGUCCAGAGAGAUGAAACAAUCCAAGAAGAGCAACAAAACGAACAACAAGAUAGUUCGGUUAUAACUGAAACGAAACAACCUGACUUGAUAAUAGAAGAUAUUCAUGAAAAACCAACUUAUGAAGAAACUCCUUCACAAAACUUAGUAACUGAAGAAAAUAUUGAAACAGAAGAACAACCAAAAGAAGAAGUUUACUUAGAGACACAAAAAGAAGCAGAAGGUUAUCAUCCAGAAAGCCUUCAAGAAGUAACUGAACAAGAGUCUCAAGAAAUAAUAAAAGAAGAGGUUAUUUCAAACCCAGUUACAGAAGAGUUACCUCAAGAAAAUAUUAUCGAAGAACAGGCUCAAAGCAUCAAAGAAGAACAAGCUCAAGAAGGAAAGAACCAAUUCAAGAAAAAGUUAAAGAAGAAGUGGUUCAAGAGAUAG